AAAGUCAAUAAUAAAAAUCAUAAGCAUAGCCAGAAUAAUAAUAAUCAGAAUCAGAAAAUAAAAGUGGAGGACAGGAAAUUUUCAAACCCUCGUCCGUACCCAAAAAAAAAAAAAAAAAAAGACUCACAUCCAGAGAGAAAGAAGAAAAAGAAAAAGAUGGUUGAAAAUGACUGAGUGACUGACUGCUUCAGGCUCCGGUAAUAAUAAUCCAUCCAUGUCAUGAUAUGAAGAUUUCCAACACUUCCUCCGUUUCUUCGCGAUCUUUCAACCCAUCCAGCUUAUUGACUAUUAUAAGGAUUGUUAUAAUAAUAUUCUGGCCUCUGUUGGGUUGCGACAACAACUUAAAACUCUCGCAUCUGCGCGUGCCCUUUUGGCCUUGCAUUUCCCCUCUUCCAUCUUUCUUCAUUCAUUGUAUGGGACGAUUAUCCAUGUACAGUAUUGCUAGACUCUAUCCAGGUACGUAUUUUUUUUUGCCCCCCCCCCUCUCUCUCUGUCUCUCUCUCUCUCUUUUCAUCUUCUUCUCUUACUGCCUGAUUCCCUUUCUUGUCUCUUCGCAUAUUAUUUAUUUAUCAUUAUUAUCAUAUUAUCAUUACUAUUAUUAUUAUUACGAUUCUCUUCUUCUUUUUUUUUACACCCUCUCCACAGUAAAACUAACCCCACCGGGCCCUGUCCGUUGACUCCGUUCUCCUUCGUCAGGCCCGGACUUUCUCUCCCAGUUCCCUCCAACCGUCUGCUGGUUACACGCUGCUUGCUUGCUCUGACGGGUUUUAUUACACCCACU